CACAAACCACAGAAGAAGAGCAGCCAGCAGGACAGAGGAGCAGUUUGAUAUCUGUAACGUCAUAUGAGUGAAAUGAGUCUGUUGUGAAGUUGAUUAUGGAUGAAGUUACUGGAGCUCAGCUGAUCGCUGAGGCGCUCAAAUCUCAGAAUGUGGAGUACAUGUUUGGCAUUGUUGGCGUGCCUAUCAUCGAGGUGGCCAUGGCUGCCCAAGCGGCGGGCAUCAAGUACGUGGGCAUGCGCAAUGAACAAGCAGCUUGCUAUGCUGCGUCUGCUAUUGGGUAUUUGACAGGAUGGCCAGCUGUGUGCCUGGUGGUGUCUGGACCUGGGCUGAUUCAUGCUCUCGGAGGAAUGGCCAAUGCUAACACGAACUGCUGGCCUGUCAUUGUCAUUGGCGGCUCAUCUGAUAGGAACCAAGAAACCACAGGAGCUUUUCAGGAGUUCCCUCAAGUUGAAGCUUGUCGUCUGUAUAGCAAGUUUUCUGCUCGACCAAGCAGCCUUGAGAUGAUACCAGCUGUAGUCGAAAAAGCUGUAAGGAGCAGCAUUUAUGGCCGCCCAGGAGCUUGUUACAUAGACAUAGCUGGAGACAUGGUGAACGCCAAAAUAGACCGGACCAGUGUCAGGUUUGUUUCCUGUUGUCCUGCUCCUCCUGUGAGUCAGGCUGACCGCAGGGAGAUCACACAGGCUGUCAGGCUCCUCAAAGCGGCUCAGAGGCCUCUGAUCAUCGUGGGCAAAGGUGCGGCGUAUGCCAGGGCGGAGAAGGAGAUCAGGGAGCUGGUGGAGGUCGCUGGAAUCCCCUUCCUUCCCACACCUAUGGGGAAAGGAGUGCUGCCGGAUGACCACUCCAACUGUGUUGCUGCAGCCAGAUCCAGAGCUCUAUUGCAGGCUGAUGUUAUAGUGUUGCUGGGUGCCAGACUCAACUGGAUCCUGCACUUUGGUUUUCCACCAAGAUUCAGUCCUCAUGUGAAGAUCAUUCAGGUGGAUCUAUGUGCUGAGGAGUUGAGUAAUAAUGUGAGAGCCGCAUCUGCUCUGCUUGGAGACAUACGGGCUGUGGUCAGCCAGCUGUUGGAGACUGUAAGGUCAGAGUCCUGGAGAUUUCCUUCUGAUUCACAAUGGUGGGUGACACUGAGGGACAAAAUGACUGCCAAUGCUCAGAUAUCAAAGACUCUUGCUCUCCAGUCCACUCUGCCCAUGAACUACUACACAGCGUUCCACCACAUUUCUGAGCUCCUGCCCAAAGACUGCAUCAUAGUGAGUGAGGGAGCGAACACGAUGGACAUUGGCCGUACCAUGCUGCUCAAUUACCUCCCGCGACACAGGUUAGAUGCAGGCACGUUUGGCACUAUGGGGGUGGGUCCAGGCUUUGCCAUUGCCGCAGCAGUUUUGGAGCAGACGCAGAAGAGCGCUCAGAGAGUGGUGUGUGUAGAGGGAGACAGCGCUUUCGGUUUCUCUGGCAUGGAGGUGGAGACCAUGUGCAGGUAUAAACUGCCCAUCAUCAUCAUAGUAAUCAACAACAAUGGCAUCUACAGUGGAGUGGAUCCAGAAACAUGGAAAGAGAUGGAAAAGAUGGGAGACAUGACCACCAUUGCUCCACCGGUGACCCUGCUACCAGAGGCACGGUACGAGCAGGUGAUGACUGCGUUUAGGGGUCGUGGGUAUCUGGUUCGAACGGUGGAAGAACUCCGCAGUGCACUACAGGAGAGUCUGAAAAACACAGAGAUGCCCAGCCUCAUCAACGUACUUAUAGACCCGGCCUCAGACCGCAAACAACAGGAGUUUCCCUGGCUGACACGGUCAAAUCUUUAAAAGCUGACAGAGGUAUCGGAUGUCGGAUCACACUGCAUCUUACACUACAUUUUGGUCAAUUUACUUAUUUACUGUAGGUGGCACCGUUUCCUAUAAAAAUAACCAAAUCUAUCAUUUUACAUGAUCUACUCUCAUGGUCUUCAGUCUCUACUGACUGAAAUGAAUUUUCAUAGAUUCCAGUUUUUCUUUAAAAACUUAAAAGAAACAAUUCGCCCAAAAAUGAAACAUUCUGUUAUCAUUUACCUCAUGCCGUUCCAAAUCUGUUUGAUUUUAUGUUUCUUGUGGAACCCUAAAUUAGAUUUUUUGUU